AAAAAAAGAGAGAAAAAAAGAAAAUAUCUUCUGCUCCCUCAGUCCCUCGUUUAUUUAUCGUCUCCUCUCUCGCUGUUUGACCUCGAUUAUUCUUCUAUCUGUACUAAGCGCUUCAGAUCUCUCCUGUGAUGUAGGCAUAGUGAUAAAGGGCAGCCCGGUGCACAAAGGUAUCCCUCAAGGUGUGGGUCCAGGGAAGAGUCCCACCACAAGGGUUUAUAAGGAGCAAGUCUUCCCCUGUCAAUUUUUGACAAGAGGCCAUUCCCAAGACAUGAACCCGUGACCUCUCGGUCACACAACAACACCUUAACCGCUUGUUCUCCAAAGCAUGGCCUUGGUAACCACUGCAGAAGUAUGUGAUGCCAAUCCGCACCUGAUUGUGAGUGGGGAGCUCCGUGCUCUCCAGCCAAUUUUCCAGAUAUAUGGAAGGCGCCAAGUUUUCUCUGGCCCAAUCGUUACCCUGAAAGUGUUUGAAGACAAUGUUUUGAUCCGCGAGUUUCUCGAGGAGAAGGGUAAUGGAAGAGUUUUGGUGGUUGACGGGGGUGGCAGUUUGAGGUGUGCAAUAUUGGGUGGCAACCCUGUAGUGCAAGCCCAAAACAAUGGAUGGGCCGGGAUUGUGGUCAACGGAUGCAUAAGGGAUGUUGAUGAGAUCAACGGAUGUGAUAUCGGGGUGAGAGCUCUGGCUUCCCAUCCGAUGAAAGCCAAUAAGAAGGGUAAUGGGGAGAAGCACGUCCCAAUUUCCUUGGGUGGUACCAGAAUCUGUGACGGAGAGUGGCUGUACGCAGAUACUGAUGGCAUUCUCAUCUCCCGGACCGAGCUAUCUGUUUGAUCGAUAAUUAGAUGCACUUCUUGGCAUGGCCUAGUAAGCUGCUAAAACUUUUACUACAAUCGAAACUUUGAACCACUUAUAUUAAUGGGGCCAGGUGAUGAUCAGUAAUCUUGUGUUGGAAGAGAAUUUGAUGGACAUUAACAAGUACCCACGUCUCAUUUUUGUUUUUAAAGGUACCCUGUUGUUAUUUGCAUUUUGGGUUUGUGUUGUUGCCUUUUCUCCGUCUUGUUUUGUUGUAUACAAUAAAUAUUGUACUCUGACAUUGAUCUUUCGUCAAUCGUUAAAGGGUUUGUAAUGACAUUAUAAUUAUGCUAGAAUUAUUUUAUCAUCAGUAACUAAAUCUUACUUGGAGGUAUUGUUUUUUGUCUGCUUGCUUAUUACUCCCUCCGGUCCCA